CCCCCGCGGGGUGAGCGCACAAAGGCCUGGCAGGAGGUGGAGGCCGGGAGGCUGGCACAGAGGCUGGGGUGGGCAGGAGGCCCCACCAGGCAUGAUCCAGGCCGGCCCAGAGAGAGGAACCAUGGAAUCUUCCAAGACCUUCAUGAGAAAGCUGCCAGUCACACCAGGCUACAGUGGCUUUGUGCCGUUCCUUAGCUGCCAGGGAACCGCCAAGGAAGAUGACAUGGGCCACUGUCUGAAAACCUUCCAGGAGAACACCCAGCGCUAUAAAGACCAGCUGGAGGAAUUUCGCUGCUCUGUGGCCACCGCCCCGAAACUGAAGCCUGUCAACUCCGAGAACACGGUCCUGCGGGCGCUGCACCAGUACUACCGGCAGUACCACCCCAUGGUCCUGGAAUGCAAAUACUUAAAGAAACCUCUCCAGGAGCCCCCGAUCCCUGGCUGGGGGGGCUACCUGCCGAGAGCCAGGGUCACUGAACUUGGCUGUGCCACAAGGUAUACGGUCAUGGCCAAAAACUGCUACAAGGACUUCCUGGACCUCAUAGAGCGGGCUGAGAGAGCGCGUCUGAAACCAUAUGAGGAAACAUAUGGAGUUACCUCCACACAACCUUCUGCUCCUUCUCCAAGAGUUUUGCCACAUGAAGAGCUGCUGCCAGUAUAUCCAGAUUUCUCUGUUCCAGAUGGAAGCUGCCCUGGUCUUGAAAGACCCCUAGGAGAGGACCCCAGAUCUCUGACGAUGUGUGGCUGUACUCAGAGGCCAAAUUUGCCAUCCUACAGGAAGAUUUAUCUAGAGCCACUCUGUUCAGCAAAGCAUGCAGAGGCUAGAAACCCAGAAUCUCCCAAGGAGAGGCACUCUGACCUCCCUGGGCAGCCAUCAGCUCCCAGAAGAAAUCAAAAGCCGUUCCUGGGACAACCAGGCUGUUGGCAUCAGGAAGCUCAAAGAUGUGCCCAGCUGAAAGAUGCAGCAAGCUCCUCCUGCGAUUUUUUCCCAAGGCAAGAAUUUUACCUGGGCUCCCAAGGGUAGAAACCAGGAGAUGGGAGAACUUUGAUGAGAAAAAAGUUACAUCUUUGUUUUCAUUAACCUCCAAGUGGAAUUUAGUAUUUCCUUCAUUUAUGAAUGUAAGCAACAGACUACAGCAUCACCUGUCACUCAGCCCGAUAGUCAUCGCAGAUCUUUUCAUAUCAUGUGACAGUUGUUUCAAACAGCUUAAAACAAUGUUAAAGCUCAUCACUACUUUACAAUCAUAGUAGUUAUUAGGGCUACUAUAACUACUCUCUAACAUUGUUAUUCAAUAUAUGAAUAAAGAAACAAAUGGUUAUUUUAUAAA